AAUCUGUAUUACUAUUUACAAAUAUAAUUUUCAAACGAGCCAAUCAUAACCAGUGUUCAAACUGCUUACAACGUCGCGUCGCCGGUCGGUACUUGGUUUGUGUUGAGAUUUCGAUUUUACAAAAUACAAGUUAAUGGAAACUAAGUAACCGAAUAAUGGAAAAUCAGGGUAAAUCUCUGGCGUUGCAAUACGACUUGUUCUUCACCAAAGUACAGUCCCUUUUCGAUACGUCCGUCGAAAGAGAUUAUAUUGCUAAGUUAAAACUUAUUGAUGAGUUGAUGAACAAGAUCAACGAAAAUGAUAAGGAUCAAGAUCAAAUGAAGAAACAAUUGAAUUCAUACAUGGAAGAGUGUUCAAAGUUAUCAUUCAAGCUUAAGACAUCCGCACGGUUAUAUGAUGAAGUACAGUCGGAAAAAAAAAAAAUUGAAUUAGAAAAAGAAUGUUUACAAUCACAACUUGACAAGUUUUACAAUGUUUACUUACAAAGACCAAGUACAGAAGAAAGUUCGGCUCAAGCGACGAGUUCCCAUUAUAAAGCAAAACAAUCAAAUGAGUAUAAAGUUUUAGAUAACACAGAUGCUUUGUUGACUGAUUUGAGUUACAGUCGAACCGACAGUUCCGACGUCAGUUUGGAUAACGAUGUCGAAGUAAAAGGAAUUGACAUCAGGAAAGAAGUAACACCGUUGAAAAAGUGCAAUGAAGUUUAUACUCUACCAAAACAACAUGCGACAAUCAAUAUUAAAGAGGGCCGCAUUGUAGCCACGACUACUUUUACAAUGGAAUCGGGUAAAAUAAAUGCAAAGUCAGUAAUGGAAUCUUACAAUCUGCCAGAACCCAAAAAAAUUCCCAUAUCUACCACAAAUAUGUGUGAUUCUUUAAUUUCAUUGUGUGACUCAUCAACGUCCACAAAAGAUGAAAAUUGUUUUGGGAAACCUCACAAUUUUUCUGAAAAAAAAGUGGUUAUUGCAGAAAAAUGCGGAUACUGUCGAAAAAAGGUGACAUUCAAUAAUUAUAUCUGCAAAUGCUUGGAUUGUAAAAUUGGAGCUCACCCAGAAUGUAAAAAUUUUAUUACAGUAUCGUGUACAAACUACCAAAAACGAUUGGAUAUUUUGAAUUGUGGCGUUGAUCCAGUUAUAGUGCACUGCAUCAGUGAAAUUGAAAAACGAGGAUUGGAAACGGUUGGCUUGUACAGAAUUAGUGGUUCGGAAAAAGAAAAUAAAUUGUUAAAGGAAAAGUUUUGUAAAGGUCUUCCUUAUUUGGGUGACAUUGACAUACAUGUUUUGUGUUGCUACCUUAAAGAAUAUAUUCGUACGCAAAAAAAUCAUAUAAUAACACAAACUAAUCUCGAUAAAUUCGAUGAAGCUGUUGAAAAUCAAAAGGAUAACGCUCAGUCCCUCAGCCAUGAAGUGCUUCAGCUAUCACCCGUCAAUCGUGUAACUCUUGCAUAUUUAAUGUUGCAUUUACAAAAAGUGGCCAACUCGACAAAAUGCAAUAUGGAUAUUAAUAAUCUGUCUAUAGUGUUUGGACCAACAAUCAUUGGAUAUUCUAGUUCUAAUUUGGAUGAGCUUCAUGUUAAAUCAAAAACUAGUACUAAAGUCAUCAAUGAAUUGCUCAAAUUGCCUCAGCGAUUCUGGCUAAACGUCAUUAAUACCGAAACAUCAAUGUCUGAAGAAUCGUCUCACAGCACGCCAGUUCAAAGUAAACCUGUAACGCCUGCUUCGUCUCAUCGAUUUUUCACAUCUGGAAUGAAAAAGCGUAUACUAGAUUCUCCAAAGUCGAAUAAAGCUGCUAAACAAGUCAAAAUUCAACAGUUAGAAUCUCGAGUAUAAGAUAAAAGUUGUUUGUGAAUUGUUGUUAUGUAAAAGAGCAUAUUUUAACUAAGAUAAAUUUUAUUUUAACCAAAAAGACAAAUGGAAUUAUGAUGUUUAAAUAAAAUAUUUUUUAUAAUUUUUAAAAGGGGUUUAUGCAGACAUAUUUAAACCAUAAUAUAUGUAUUUUAUAAAAGAAAUUUAAAGUUUGUUACUGCUUCUCGGAAUAUUUUU